AUGGCACGCCUCCUGCAGCAACUGACCACCAAGCCGUCAGAUUACGUUGACCGCACCUUUCUGAGAAACGGAGGGACUAGUGAAGAGUAUUUCAAGCUCCUGAGUGAGAGCACUACCGUCUACGUGGGGAACCUGAGCUUCUUCACUACCGAAGAUCAGAUCCAUGAAGUGUUCGCGCGGGCCGGGGAUAUUCGGCGCAUCAUCAUGGGUCUGCACCGGGACAACUUGACGCCUUGCGGCUUCUGCUUCGUGCUCUUCUACACGCGGCAGGACGCUGAGGCGGCAGUUCGCUACGUCAACGGCACGAUGGUCGACGGGAGGGUGAUUCGUGUGGACUUCGAUUGGGGAUUCCAGGAGGGGCGGCAAUACGGACGUGGGAAGACAGGGGGGCAGGUGCGCGACGACGUCAGGACGGACUACGAUGCGGACCGAGGUGGCUACGGACGCGCCAUCGAUGGGCCGGCGAGCUACGGGUACGACGGACGACCGAGGUGCGUGUGCGCGGCCCAUCCCAUCUGGCAGCAUGGUUCCCGGCCGCCGCCUCGCGCGCUGCGAUUGCCGAGGUGCCUGAAUUCGCGGGUAUCGGUAACCGUGGGCGCAGGGGGGGGCGUUACCGUGGCGGGGGUCGGAGAUCGUUCCAGGGCCGUUCGUCUGGUCACAAGCGUGGCUACCAGGACGAUUAUGGGCCGCGCUCGAAACGUGGCCGGUACUAGCAUGUGA